AUGCGCGCAAAAUUGAGACUUAUGCGAAACAAAACGGAUCUUUAUCAACUUACGAAUGACUUGGAUGUGAGGUUGUGCGGUGUGAUGAACAUAUUGCUGAACACUAUCACCUACUUGUUAUCAUUCACCGUCAUUGAAAUACACGCUCAGUGGAAUACUGCCACAACAACUCUCUACAACAGUCAAACAAAUACAUCGGUUGGAUUAUUUGAAAAUAUACCAUAUUUUGAUUAUUUUAAUUUAUCAGCACUCACUUUGUACAAUUACAACAAUUCCGCCAGUUUCAAUCAAACUCAGCAUUUGCUCUGUUUAACAUUUAACACAUUGAGACCAGAAGUUGCAAUUGGUUCAAUCCAUACCAUUAUUUAUUUGAAUAAAUAUUCAUUUCGCAUCAUUUGUCGCUUUGAAAGACAAAGGGAAUUUUUUCUUUGCGACACAUUUUCAAUGAAACAUACCAGGUGA